AAAACAGUUCUCGUUUGCGUCGCCGAUGUGAAAAGGAGCUCAUCUGCGAAGGUAAAAUUCAGACGUGACGGAAGAAUGUUGCAAGGCUAUGGGAGUUUUUCAAUACAUGCAGAGCCCGUCGUUUUUGUCGCUUAUCCGGGUCUUGAUUGGUCUGAAAAGUGUUCACUUCGAGUACCAGAUCGCAAUCAAAGAUUCGUAAUUACCACACGGAAAAGGAGACAAAGCGAAGCACACUUUUCUACAUCGUAUGCUUAAGGUUCAUAUUUCAGUGUGACCGUGAUCCUUUAGGAAAUUAGAAGAAUGACAUUGUGGCAUGGGACCAAAUGCAAUGGCAAGAAGCACCAAAACAGACAAGAAAACGAAGGGAUAUCGAAAAGAUCUCAAUGUCAGGUGUCGCUGAUUUGGUUGUGAAAGUCCUCAGAUCUGCGCUGUUUUCCUUAAUUUUAUGAUUACAAGGACAGCUGCAGGUUUCCAAGAUCCAAGCGACAUGACCUUUUUGACCUGCAUACGACCUAGUAACGCAGGGCUUGCCUUGAAUGUCGGAUGUUUGCCAUAGACUUAUUUUAUUUGAAAAUUCCUUGUUUCGCGUUUGCAUUAUUUGAAAAUUUUGCAUAAGAAGAUCAAUGUAUUUCAUAGUAAUGAGGUGAAGGGGUGGGCUCAGUGUCAACCAUGUUAUAAAGGCUUAAAUUUUUCUAUGUGUGCACGAAAAUUCAGGGGGUUCUGGGCAGAUUGCAAUCAUCAUCUUCUUCAUGAUUUCUCACCAAGAUAGUGAUAACGUUGUGAGCUAUAAAGUUAACAGAUAUGAGCCGAAGAUGUUCUCACGCUAGUCAUCGUACUCGAAGAAGAAUUGUCCUCACAAACCAUAAAUGAUAAAUGUUAAAAAAAUUCGAACCUUUGGCAAUACGGUCAAGAUACCGGACCUCGUAAUACCGUAAAUCCUUGUCCUUGGCUACAGUAGCUAGGAAAAUCCCACAACCUCGGAUCCCAGUACAAGAACUAGAGAGUACCGAGCAAUCCAGUUGCCUUCACCGGUUUGGCCAGCAGAUGACCGGCUUCUUACCAUGUGGCAGCGUGAGUCAAUUCAACAGUCCGGGGCUGCCUAAGUAUGUCUUGUGUGCUCUCAUGAUGCUCCUACAUGCUUCGUCGUGUGUCGUGCUCUGCUUUGCUCUCGGCGGAAGUUUUCCAUUCAAGAACACAGACGGAAGAUUUCAUGCCCUGUUCGGUUCAAAGAUGCAGUCUUGAUAUCGUGUCGAUCACGUCCCAUUGGAUCCUGCAUUUUCGUGAAGGGAAACGAACGGAGCGGAGAGGGAAAAGACUUACGCGUUCGUGAGCACAUGAGAAUUUGGCCUUGAUCUUACUUGUACAUACAAUUUUUUCUGGACAUUGGUGGAUCGUGUCCGGUGCCGCGAGUCAUAAUGAUUUCUCGGCAAAGUAGCAGAGCGGGAGGGCCACAGAGCCCUCCUGCAGACCAGCCAUUUUUGUCUAUUUCUGUCACAGAUCCUGUGAAGUUGGGAAAUGGAGUGCAGUCCUACAUUUCGUAUCGAGUGAGCACCAAGACCAACAUGCAAGAGUAUCGGGGAUCGGAAAAAAUCGUGAUUCGAAGGUACAGUGAUUUUGUUUGGCUACAUGAUCGGUUGGUGGAGAAGCACAAAGGGCUCUUCAUACCUCCGCUUCCAGAAAAGAGUGCCGUUGAAAAGUUUCGCUUUAGUGCGGAAUUUAUCGAGGUCCGGCGUCGUGCUCUUGACGUUUUUUUAAAUAGGAUCGCUUCUCACCCGCAACUGCGAUCAAGUGAGGAUCUCAAAAAUUUUCUUCAAGCUGAUGAGGAGGUUUGGGCCAUGGAGAAAGCGAGAUUGCUUGAAGGGAGUAUUUUCAAGAAGAAGCCUACCGAUCUCAUGCAAAUGUUCAAGGAAGUACAAACAAAGGUAACUGAUGUUGUUUUAGGAAAAGACAAACCCCUUGAAGAGUCUGAUCCACAGUAUGAGAAGAUGAAACACUAUGUGGACGAUUUGGAGGAUCACUUAUCAGAAGCGCAGAAGCAGUCUUUCCGUUUGGUCAAGAGACAGAGAGAAUUGGGGCAGGGCCUGGCAGAUUUUGGCAAGGCUGUCAAAGCUCUAGGUGAUUGUGAGGGUGGAUCAUUGGGAAAAGCGUUUUCUGAAUUGGGAGGUCAAUCCGAUCUUCUUUCGGUCAAACUACAGCUGCAGGCCCAAGACUUGCUUAUGAACUUUGAGGAACCAAUCAAGGAAUAUGUGAGAAUUAUACAAUCAAUCAAGGCCGUCAUGGUUGACAGGGCUCAAGCUUAUCGCUUGCAAAAGGAUCUUUCGGAGGCAUGCAAACUCAAAGAAUUGAACUUAGAGAAAAUGAGACUUGUGCGACCCGACAAAGUGGGUGAAUCAGAGGUGGACGUGAGAGAAAUGAAAGUUCAAAGUGAAGAAGCCAGAGCAAGGUUUCAACAAAUAGUCAGAUUGAUGGAUCAAGAGAUGGAGCGUUUUCAAGAGGAGAAGACCAAGGACCUUGGAGCUAUUCUCCAAGAUUUUGCUAGAACACAAGCUCAAUUAGCUGCUGAUACUGCGGAUGCAUGGCGCUCUCUCCUUCCUGAGCUAGACAAGUGCACGCAAGAAGACAUGCAAACUCUAAAUUCUUCUCCCUGAUGUAGGUUCAUUUCGUAGACGUUAUCCCGCUCGCUCAUGAGUCUUGAACUCCUGAACUUUCAGCGGAACGAGUGUGGCGGAUCGACUUAUUCUCUUCUUGAUCAGGAUACGCUUUCUUCUUUAGAUUGAAAAAGCUCAAAGUUGAUGUACAGGUUGCUUUUAGCACAUCCUACUAGAGGAUAUGGGUUCAGAGUUAAGCAGUUUUAGUGUUCAGAAACAUCGCAUAGUUCUUUGCAAUUCCUUAUGUGAGAUUUGAAUAAGGACUCAAGCAAUGGGCCGUUUCGUUUGAUAUAGUCAACUUGUCACGAAAGAAAUAGUGAAUACGAGAUAAAGCUUGUUCUCAGUUUCGACCCACCAGCUUCAUCCAUUCAUGACAAUGUACCGUUGUAUUCUCUACUCCUUUCUUUUGCUCUGAGAGUUAGCCUCUGUAGUUUUCGUUCUACGUCAGGUUCUUAGUUUAGUUACAAUUAUUUUCUAAGAUCUGUUAAUGGGACAUCGGUGUUGGGAUGAGAAGUACAUCGAUAAGCAAAGUAGAGAUCUACAACACAGAAAGAAGCAGAUGCAUUCUACUCUUGAAGCAAGAGGCAAACACGCAAACGUCUGUUUGUGAAUCAGAGUAAACCAGAACUCCUGUAUAGGAUGAAAUCAAGCUAAGUGUGAACAGCUUUACAAGUGAUCGUAUUGAAUUUUCUACUUUAAAUGUAAGUUUUUGAUGUCUCUGAUUUCCGAA